AUGGAGCUUGUCCCAGUGGUGUCGCACGAGACGGACCCUGGGAACUUGCAGCUUGUGCUGCGUACGAAGAACGAUGCGGUUUUAUACGACCCGGUGAUGCGCCAGGUAAUUCUCUGUUCAGGAAGCGCGCACGAGUGGAGAGACGCUGCGCUUCCGCAGUCGCCAGAGCGAAUGCGCCAGUUACCAUGGAAGGAGACGCACACAUGCCCGACAUGUAAGCAGCCACUGCAGUACGAUGAUUCAGUACAUGAAGACGAAGAGAUUGGGACGCCACAUACUGCGCCGCAUUAUUUCCGCCUCCUCUCCGAGACGUCUGUGGGCAGGUCGUCGGCGCCUGCACACACGAACAUGACCCCACUUAGUAUAGAUGCUACAAACCAGGGAUACUAUGCACGAUUUUUUGUUGAGCUAGGCCGUCUUGGACGCGGCGCACGCGGAACGGUAUGGCUGUGCCAGCACGUUUUAAACGGCCAUCGCCUGGGCACGUACGCUGUGAAAAAGAUCCCUGUGGGCGAUUACAGCGAGAGUUUGCUACGUUCGCUCGGCGAGGUGCACCUUAUGGAAUCAUUGGACCACCCCAAUGUCAUUCACUACAAGCACGCAUGGAUCGAGACGGCACAGACAAGCGCCUUUACGCCGUGUGUGCCUACCCUGCACGUCUUGAUGAUGGCUGCUAACGGCGGCAGCCUUGCCGAUUGGAUUGCGGCACGCUCCGGAGCAAAGAGCGAUGCGGACGCCCCGGAAGAUACAGUAUCGAGUGUGUCAUCUGCCCGUGUCGCACGCCUUAAAGCCGAGUUUCGCCAGCAGCGCGACGCAGCGAAACGCCACGAAAACACCAGCGCAUCGCAGCGCUCGAGCAUCCACUUUCUGCGCGAAGAAGACAUUGUCAAGCUUUUGCGUGACAUCGCGCAGGGCCUGGGCUUUUUGCACGACCGCGGCAUUCUGCACCUGGACAUCAAGCCCGAGAAUGUGCUUUUGCAUUGGGACGACGACGCGCUGCUUCCCACUGCGAUGCUCAGCGACUUUGGCUCCUCGUUGCCCUUCCACGAAAACUACACGCGCGAGCGCACAGGAUACACGGGCACGCUCGAGUACAUGGCACCGGAGGUUGUGGGGCCCGACGUCCACACUGGCCAGCUGCAGGAACUGAACAGCAAAGCCGAUGUGUGGUCUUUGGGCAUCAUUUUCUUCCUCCUCAUUUUUCUUGACAUUCCCUACUCCCACGUAGACGACAUUGCUCGACUGCGCCACGAGAUUCUCGCUUUUCGUGGACUCGAGCAGCUGCUCAAGCGCAGAGGAUGGGUCUCGCGCUACGCCGCAAUUCAUCCCAGCCUCACCCACUUGCUUGCGCGCAUGCUCGACGUCGAUGCACACAAACGGCCGAGCUGCAGCGAAGUGCUGCACAUCCUUGACACAUAUGCAGCUGCAUCGACGUAUGCAAACACCACUGUGCCACGCCGCCCCUCGUUUCGCGGCGUGCUGGAAAAUGCACAGAGAGAAGUGCAACACAGUCCUGAUACGACCCACGCCUGGAGUCGAUCCAUCGCGGUUGUCCUCCUCGUAUAUACCCAAUUUUUCAUGAUGGAGUUUGCCUAUGUCGGCACACCUAUUUGGCGGUGGAUCCGCGAGCCGCUGCUCCUUUUGGGACUUGUCCAAGUCCUCUACACCAACUACGACAAGCGCAUUGUUGCCCCGCUGAGUGUAUGGGCGCUGUGUCUGGCAGCGGCCAUUGUGCGUGUCGUGUGA